UCGAUUAUUAGUGGCCCGGUAAACAGCUGUUUGGAUUGUUAUGACAUUUUGUUAGUUGCUAUCAAAAUGUUGCGAUUAUUGACUAAAACUCGUAUGGUCAGAUCACUUGUGCCUGCUGCAGGCAUGCGUGGCUACGCACAAAAGAUACAAACUGGCAGCAGCAGUAGCAUUAGCGCAAAGAACGAGGAGCCGCCAAUUAGCAAUGAACCCAUUCAGUUCUUUGGCAGCCAAGCGGCCACCUGGCGGGCACGCGACACUCGCAGCGGUGGCAGUGAUGAAUCCCUGUGGUAUCAGCCAUAUGUCAUCUCAGCCAGUUUGGCCGUAUUCCUGGUCUACUUUUGCUAUCUACGAGAGGAGAGCGACAUCGAUCGGCGCCUGGAGGGAAAUCUUUACGAUCAUGUGAGUGGCUUGGAAGAGGUGCAGCUCACAGUCAACUAUAGAUACAACAAAGAGCAUGGACUGGACACCAAAGAGCAAGAGCAACGUCUGCGUGAACUGGGCGUCGAUAUAGGGCAAUUGGAUGCCAAAUUAGCUCAGUAGCUGGCACAGCACUAGUCAUAGAUGGUUUGUUUUACUUCUUCCUAAGAAAAAAGUUAAAUAUACAUAAACAAGAUAAAAAA